AAGACGUCAGAACUGGAAGAGUCUAUGUUCCAAAUAAGGAGAAUUCGGUCAACUCAAAACGAGGCAGGUCAGAGGUUACUCAAAUCAGCUGCAAAAUCAGCUGGUCGUCCCUGGAUAACACUGACAUAAGAUAGCUGCAUAUAUAAACCAAGAUAACUCAAGAUCAACACCACUUCAGUGGAUAAGUUCGGUAGAAAGAGUAGAUGAAUGUUCAAGGAAGAGACUUACAUGACAAUUUAAGGUGCUAGUCACAGGAUAACUGUUACAAGAACGUUUAGUGUAGCUCUGAACAAAAUAAAAACAAUGGCUGGUUUGGAAAAAGUUCUUGGAAAAUUCCGGGAGCUUUACAAGCGAAAGUUAAUCGCACAGACAAUAGAAGGUGUAUUGGAGAACAGAGAGGUGAUCGAAACAGACUAUUGUAAAAAUGCUGAAGAUCUGAUGGCAAUGUUAGAAGAUGAACGAAAUAGCUAUGGGGUUUUCGAGCACCAGACAGAGUUGAAACAGUGUGUGGAACUAGCCCAUAAACUCUAUGCCAGUCUGCACCAGGCUAGAGUCAAUACUCUAGAGUGCGAAAUUCUCAUUCCCAGUCAAAUGCUUCGAAAAAUCUCACAAGACGUCAUGAGAAUGUGCGCUAAUGAACCUUAUGGCUGGAGGGGUUGUGUUUUGUAUUUGACUUUGGAGGAGAAUAAUCUGAAAAAAACUGAACUUGCCAGAAUUGAACUUGAUCCAACAACAGUAGCGACGUUUGAACUUUCGAUUACGAUUCAUGAAGAACCGAAAUUCCAUAUUAGGAAAAUCUUACCAAAUUUUCGACAGAUGCGAAUCGGGUGCUCAAGAUGGGGAACUCUUGUACUUAGCCAAGGUUUCACAAUCGCAAAACAUAAACUGUACAUCCACAAUAGCAAAUGGGAAACCUAUUCCCAUUAGUCUGAUGCCAAACAUUUUGAACUCCGAAUUUCCAGUUCUGAAGUGCUUAAACUGAAAAUACUUUGGACAAUCUCAGAUCUCAUUAUAUAUGCUUAUAAAUGCUUUAUCUGGCUGAACAAGUGCCACUUGGUGUGAAUCUUGACAAAAUGUUUUUCAUUUUUAUAUUUUCAAUAUGAAUGAGAGGUGAAAGUGAAAAUGCUUGGAAGAUGAUAAGUGGAGUUAUUAAGCUUAUCAAACAGAUUUAAAUUUAGUAGUACACUGUACAUAUUAGUAAACAAAUUACAUCCUGUUUAUUAUCAGUUUAUAAUGCAUACAAGAAAUUCUUAGUGUAGUUGUGUAGCAAGAUAAUUUUGUACUGUGAUAGAGGUUACACAUUGACUGAGUGGAAACAUAAUGUAUUUUAUACUGUAGGAUACUAGAUAGGAUACUUUAGUGAAUUAGUUUUAUAAAAAUGUGGGUAGAUAUGCCCUCUAUUGAUUCGUAUCGAGUCAACACAGAAAUGCAUUUAUUGCAGAUGAAGAACAGAAUAUGUUUGCAUUUAUUUCAACUUUUGAAUUGGAGAUCAAGAUCUUUCCAGCAGUUAUGCAUUUUAUAAUUAUUACAAUUGGAAUGAGUAGAAAACAAUAAUAUGUUUUGGGAAGUAAAAUUAUGCUCUUAUUGAGCGUAACUAAUUUCUCCUCAAAAUUUGAUGCAUUUCUAUUCUUUAUGUACCAAAAGGCAUUGUAGGAUAAGCCCUAUGAAAUAUGCAUUUCUUCCAAUUGUUUUAAUCUGCAUUUUUAAUUC